AUGCCAACACCAUUUCAUGGCUGGCGUCCACUGUAAAUCCAGAUAUAAUCACUGGACCCAGCAUCACCUUGAAUUAUGAGCCGUGCAAUAACUACAACAUACUAGACAACUACUGGAGAAGCACAUUCAAUUACUGGUCUAUGUAUGGAUACACCUCUGAUCAUGAUGACACUCGUGUUGAAUGGGAUGGCUGGUAUCGACUCUUCAUUGAUGGAUCAAGUGCUCAGAUGCCUGAGUGGUGUUUUUCAUUCUAUGUCAUGUGGAGGAGUUAGUUCACUGUAUCUUGGUGGCUCUCAUCCUCGGCUAGAAGAUGGUGUUGUUACUCGUGAAGUUUAUGGAUCUCACCAUGAUCAGUGCAGUUACUACAGAUCCGAACCAAUCCAAGUCAAAGCUUGUCCUGGAAAUUAUGUCUACAAAUUUACCAGACCAACUCUUUCGAUCCCAGUUCCUGUAUAUUGUGCAGUACCUUUCAGUACCCCAAGUGUUGAUCCCUGCUACAACUACACCAGUCUGGAUGAGCCUUGGAGAGCCACUGACAAUCCUUAUAACAACUAUUACUACUAUGGCAUGUGUGAUUAUAAUGUGGAGUGGAAUGGCUGGUACAGGCUGUUCUACAAUGGCCAAAAUGCCCAGAUGCCAGAAUCAUGUGUUAAUUUUGGUAUGUGUGGCUCUUAUGAGCCUCUGUGGCUCGGCGGCCCUCAUCCACAGCUGGAAGAUGGAGUGGUCACCCGUCAGGUCUGUGUCUCCUCAUGGGAUGGCUGCUGUACUUACACGUCCCACCCUAUACGAGUCAAAUCCUGUCCUGGAAAUUACUAUGUUUAUGAAUUUGUGAAGCCAUCUUUUUGUGGAGAUUACUGUGUAGAAGCCACAAGUCAGUCCUUCACAUCAGUGUCUACAACAACAGAGACAAUUCCACCCAUAGAAUCCAUUACUACACCAAUCACAACCACUGCUCUCCCUGUUGACCCCUGCUACAACUACAAUGUCCUGGAUGAUUCAUGGAGAUCCACCAACAAUCAACAUUCCUCUCAACUAAUGUGUGAUGCUGUGGUCAGCUGGAGAGGCUGGUACCGUCUCUUCAUUCAGGAUCAGAGCGUUCAGAUGCCAGACACAUGUGUUGAAGAGUAUAGUUGUGGCACUAAUGCUCCACUCUGGCUGAACGGAGGACAUCCAACAGUUGAGGAUGGAGUGGUCACUCGAGAUGUCUGCGGUCACUGGGACAAUAACUGCUGCCAUUUCCAAUCCAAUCCCAUUAAAGUCAAAGCCUGUCCAGGAGAUUAUUAUGUCUAUGAGUUUGUGAGUCCAACUACCUGCAGUUUGGCAUACUGUGCAGAUGCAAGGAACAUAAACACUACCUCUACUACUGUAAUGCCAGAGACAACCACAGAAACUACAACGACUGUUAACAGAAAUCCCUGUUCUGAACUCAGCUGCUCUGAGGAUGAAAGGUGCGGGAUGAUAAAUGGUGUUUACGGCUGUUUGUGUGAAAAGGACCAUCACAGAAGACAGCAACGUCAUGACUCUUUCGAUUUCUCAGAAACCUGUGAAAGCAGCUCUGGCUCCAUGUCUGUGUCUCGCUGUCAGCUCUUUGAGGCUGGUUUUCCAGCAGACGUCUUACACCUCAAUGAUCCCAGCUGCAAAGGAACGGUCCGGAAUGGCAGAGUGGAAUUCCAUUUUGAUAACGAUGAACACAUCUGUGGCACAAAUCUUGUGGCCAACGGCACCCACUUCAUCUACAGUAACUUUAUUCUGGGGACACCGAGGUCAGAAGGUCUCAUCAGCAGAGAGAAAAUCCUUAAGCUUUCUUUCAGCUGCGUUUAUCCUCAAACACAAACUUUUACUAUGAAUGCGGAAAUCAACCCACUGGAGACCAUUGUGCACGAGACCCUCCCCUCUGGUGAAGGCAGAUAUCAGGUUCGGAUGAUUCCAUAUGAGGAUGAUGAGUUUACCCGGCCCUUCACUGGUAGAGUGGAUGCACAGCUCGACCAGAAGAUGAAUGUGGAAGUUCGUGUUGAGGGGGUUGACAGCCGUCAGUUUGCCCUGGUGAUGGACACGUGUUGGGCUACACCUGUGAAUGAUCCUGAUUACAGUCUCCGCUGGGAUCUCAUCGUCACAGAGUAAAGCUGUUUGUAUUCUAAUGCUCAGUCUUAACUGUAACUGUAGCAUGUUUUAAAAACAACAUUUGAACAUUUGAUAGAUCAAAUAAGUAAUAAUCCAUAUCACUUUUAGGGUUUCCUCAGAAUUGCAUCUUUCAGUAUUUAAGCAUAAGAUCCCAUGUUUUGUGCCUGGAACACAAAUGUGUGAAGAUUUACAGGAUUACUUUUGAAUUGAAUGAAUGGAGCUGCUGCAGUGGAGCUGCUGCAGAACGGCGUCUCGACAUCCAGCCGUUUCUCCUUCAGAUUGUUCAUCUUCACUGAAAACUCCACUAAGCUUUACCUGCACUGUGCUGUUCACCUUUGCCUUCUGUCGAGCAAUCGCUGCUCAACGGUGAGUUUAAAAUAUGUGAAGGUUUACGAAUAUAACUUUUAAGAAAUGCAUAUGCUUAUGUUACAGUUCAGGAACGUAUUUCUAUAGCAGACUUUGAUCUGGUAAAUGUACAUGAUGGAAAGUAAUAUGUAAAGUUAGCCAUAUCUCAGCAAGAGAAUGACAGUUGGUUUACAUGAUGUAGGGUAAUUAUUAAAUUUAAUUUAGCUCAAAGGGAAUUUGAACAGAAUCACUGU